GACAGGCCAAAGAGAACGAGGAUUUGGUGUUUACUCACGUGACAGACGGGUUACGAUCCAAUGGGAGAGGCGAAUGAAUGACUGACACGUCAAGCGGACAAUCACGAGAUGUUUCUAUGGCGGUGACGUUUCAGAGCUGCAGCCCGUUCAUAGGACGCUCUCGGCCAGGAGGCGGGAUCUUGUGAAAUACCGCUGGGGGAAAAAAAACAGCCGAGCUCUGGGUGAUGGUGAAGAUGGCGGAUGGGGACAGCGGGAGCGAGCGCGGCGGCGGAGGAAGCGGCGGAGGGAGCGGGUUCCAAGCGUUCCAGAGGGACCAGGAGACCCAAGAGCUGGCGUCCAAACGCCUCGACAUCCAGAACAAGCGCUUCUACCUGGACGUCAAGCAGAACUCGAAGGGCAGGUUCAUCAAGAUCGCCGAGGUCGGCGCCGGGGGCUCCAAAAGCCGCCUGACGCUUUCCAUGUCGGUGGCGGCGGAGUUCCGGGAUUACCUCGGGGACUUCAUCGAACACUACGCCCAGCUCGGGCCCAGCACUCCGGAGCAGAUCGCGCAGUCCUCCGGAGGCGAGGACGGCGGGCCUAGACGGGCCUUGAAGAGCGAGUACCUCGUGAGGGAAAACCGCAAAUACUACCUCGAUCUGAAGGAGAACCAGCGCGGGAGAUUCCUGCGGAUCCGGCAGACCGUUAACCGCGGCGGGUUCGGCGUUCCCGCCGGCGGCGGCGGCGGCGGAGGGAUUCAGUCCGGGCAGACCAUCGCUCUUCCCGCUCAGGGUCUCAUCGAGUUCCGCGACGCGCUGGCGAAGCUGAUCGACGACUACGGCGGCGACGACGAGGAGCUGGCCUGCGGAGGCGGCGGAGCGGGAGGAGGUUACGCGGAGUUACCCGAGGGCACGUCGAUAACGGUGGACUCCAAGCGGUUCUUCUUCGACGUGGGCUCCAACAAGUACGGCGUGUUUCUGCGCGUGAGCGAGGUGAAGCCCAGCUACAGGAACUCUAUCACGAUCCCCUUCAAAGCGUGGAGCAAAUUCGGCGGAGCGUUCUGCCGCUACGCCGAGGAGAUGAAGGAGAUCCAGGAGCGUCACAGGGAUAAAGCGUUCGAGCGGAGAACCGGAGAGGAGUCCGAGGGCGACGACUUGGACGACGACUGACCGCCGGAGGUGUCGCGUCGCUGGGCAACCGCGCGGGGAGAGAGAGCCGCGCUCCGGAGGGGGAUGCAUGAAAACGAUCGACGGCGAAUAAAAAGAUGUCUGACUGAGAAACACUGUCGUGUAUGUGUAAGAGAAUCCCGUUUAAAAGCAGUGUAGACGAUGUUUGGCUAGAUACAUGGAUUUUUCUGCUGGCUGCUCUCUGUAGGUCUUGUCAUUUUGAAAGUUUUCCCCCUUUAUAAAGAAAGAACACAGAGACCGAGUUCACGAGCAGGGAUGUUGUAGUGUUAGUGUGUGGAGAAGAACUGCUGCUUCUCUCUACUUUAGGUGUUUUUGGUGUCGUACCCUGCGGUGGAGAGCAAACCAGCAUCAUCUGAGCGACUUGGUGUGCAUCUCAUAGUUAGCUCAUUCAGGAUGUGUGUGUGUGUGUGUGUGUGCGUGCGUGCGCAUAUAUAAAGACUCAGAUCAAACAGCUUGCAGCUUGUGGACACACAAUACAGUUCAAGCAACAAUGUACAAACCGUUAAAAUGGUGCUAUAAAGUGUCCCGCCGGCUGGUGGCUUUUCUUAACUUCUCCUGUUUGUGGUCAGGGUCCAGCUAAUCGUUCCGGCCGGACGGUCCGAGUCGGGAAGAGCAUCAUCGGUGCCGCUGGACGCCGCUAAAUUCACCGGGGAUGACCUCGGCGGGCGAAUUAGUCGUUUUAGAGCUUCGGUGACGUAACUGGAAAGGAAAUCAAAUGUAGAAAAACACCAAGCUGUGUUUAAAUAGAUUUAUUUUUAAAAAAGAACAAUAUACAGAAAUAAAUACACAUAUAUAUAUAGAAAUAUAUUUAUAUAUAGACCUAUAGAAUCAAUUAUAAAUGCUUCCUGAGCAGGCUAUUUAACAAAUAAAAGUCGGAUGCAAUUAUAUAUAUAUAUAUAUACACACAUAGGGGAAUAUUUCUUAGCGCUUCUCCAUUCGUCUCUUAUGGUCUCGGAGGAGCAAAAUACUCAAACUAGGCUUCUCAGUUAAGCUUGCAUUUCUUUUUUUCAACAACCCCGAUGACGUGAUAGAACUCCUCUUUCUUUCUCGGUGAGUCUUUCCGCUCCUCUUCCCUCGGUCGGCUCGAUCGGAGGAAAAGGAGUUGUGACCGGAUCCCGAGAGUCAGCCAUACACGCCACCCACGAGCCGUAGGGAUUUUCUACUAACUAUCCGUAUGAGUUUCCACCUCAUUCUUGUCUGUACUGUGUUAUGUGAUAAAGGCAGCUGUUCAGUCGAGUGUGUACUGCUGUAAUUCUCCACAGACUUCCUUUGAACAAUAAAUAGAACUUCUUUGCUGAGAACGUGGGUUUGUUUUUCGUGUUUCUUGACGGCUGAGCACUUCCACGCCGAAAGCAUCACCAGACAGAUUCACACAAAUGCUGUUUUCCAGUGAAGCCGUCCUCUUCAUCUUCAUCUUCAUCUUCAUCCUGUCUUCUGCAAACUCCCGAAACGAUCACACUGACACUUGAACAAAUGAAAAUCACAAUCUUUUGUUAUUAUGUUCAGUCCGUGACCGCCGAAUCUCGUAUAUAUCUCUCAGACGUACAAUUUUUUUCCAUUCAGUCCACAUUCAUAUAAAAAAAGUACCGCAUCCAGAAUAAAAGUGUGUUUACAUA